GCAAGGAAGAGAUGCUGAUCACUGGAACUUUGUCCCUCAACAAGGAGGGAGGCUCGCGUCAAGAUGGAGACCGGAGCCUGCUGCUCAACCAUCGGAGAAGGCCAACCGGUGAGCUGGAGUUCGUCACUGCCUUUGCCAGAAUUACCGCUCCGGAGACUGUUCUUCAUCGAAGUCGCCGGAAUUCUUUACCGUUUGUUGCAGGUUGCCGGACUGCUGGACGUGGACAGAUGCACCCCCGUCGUUGCCGUAUGUACCGAGAGAAGAAACGGACGAAGGGAGCCACCACUGGUCUACUGCAAACUGAACUCUUUUAUUUUCUUUCUUCUUUCAGGGAUGAGACCAUGAAACUUGAAUUAAUGGAGAGAUGACAACACAGUGUCCAAUGUGAUGACAAUGAUCACAGCCCAUUGUGACAGCUGCACCCAUCCCCUUUCGUUUUUUUUUAUUUGCCUCACGUUUUUUCUUUCUUCUGCUUCGUAGUUCGUAUCCCCUAUUCCCCUCUU